CACAGGAGCAAGGCCAGGCUGUGCCCCCGGGCCUGCAGGAAGGGGGCGCGCGCAGGUGAGCGUCUCCUGAGGGGCGGCCUGAAGUCCUGUGUUCCCUCUCCAGCCGCCUUGUGUGACCGUGCCCUGACCCUUGACCCCUGCGCCAUGGCCACACCGAGCUUCAAGCCCAGUCAACGGUUCCGGUUGCCAGACUGGCACACCAACAGCCACCUGCUGGCCACCAACGCUGAGCGACAGCGACAGGCUUCGCACCAGAUCCGCCAGGAGGCCCGGGUCCUUCGCAAUGAGACCAGCAACCAGACCAUUUGGGACGAACAUGACAACAGGACUCGGCUGGCAGAGAGGAUCGACAGCGUCAACCGCUGGAAGGAGACACUGGACAAGUGUCUGACGGAUUUGGACGCGGAGAUCGAUGCCCUGACACAGAUGAAAGAAUCCGCAGAGCAAAACCUGCAGGCCAAGAACCUGCCUCUGGAUGUCGCAGUCGAGUGCCUGACCUUGAGGGACAGUCGGCGCGACAUUGAUGUGGUGAAGGAUCCGGUGGAGGAAGAGCUGCACAAAGAGGUGGAGGUCAUUGAUGCCACCAAGAAGGCCCUGCAGCAGAGGAUUAGCCAAGCCUUCGAGAAGCUCUGCCUCCUGCAGGAAGCCCGCCAGCAGCUCAGCGCUGACCACUGGGACAAGGUGGAGACUCUGGACAUCGACCGAGGCUGCCUGUCCCUCAGCCUCACGUCCCCCAACGUCACCCUGAAGGUCGAUCCCACCCGUGUCCCCGACGGCUCCUCCACUCUCCAGCAGUGGGAUGGCUUCAGCCAGUUGAACAGGAGCCGGGCCCAGGCUGAGAUGAAAGCAGCGGUGGAGCUGCGGGAGGCCAUGGCCCUAACUAUCGCCCAGACCAACAAUGAGCUCGAAGCCCAGAGGGUGGCCACAGAAUUUGCCUUCAGGAAGCGGCUGCGGGAGAUGGAGAGAGUGUACGGCGAGCUCAGGUGGCAGGAAAAGAACACCUUGGAGGAGAUCUCCGAGCUGCAGGAGGACAUCCGGCACCUGGAGGACGAUCUGCGCAGGAAGUUCCAGAACCUGAAGCUAUGCCACACCCGGCUAGAGUCCCGGACUCGCCGGCCCAACGUGGAGCUGUGCCGGGACCAGGCUCAGCACGGCCUCACUGACGAGGUUCACCAGUUAGAGGCAACCAUCGCUGCGCUCAAGCACAAGCUGGCGCAGGCCCAGGACGCCCUGGACGCGCUGCAGCGGCACCUGGCCAGGCUGCAGGCCGACCUCGCGUGCAAGGCCAGCUCCAUGCUGCUGGACGCCAAGUGCAUGGACACCCGCCGCAAGCUGGCCGCGCCGGCCGCGACGUUCGCGCCGCAGGUGGACACGUUCGCCCGCACCACGAACCGCACCCUGAGUCCGCUCAGAACCUGCCCGCUGGAGACGGUCUAG